CGCCUGUCGCCGUUCGCACUUCGCAGUUCGCAGCUCGCCUUUCGCGGAAUCGGAUUCACAAUCACAUCCUUCUGCGAGUUCGAGGAGUGCACACCGGUGGUCGCAUUCGCAUCCGCAAAGUCCGCGCUUCGAAACCGCUAUCGUAAUCGCAAUCGCAAUCGCCAUCACCAUCGCCAUCGCCUACGCCAGCGCAACCAGUAAUAGAACCAUGGAUAUCUCCGCCUACCAGCACAUGAACAUCCGGAUGAGCACGCGCGGCAAGCGUCCCCUGAGGAAUCUCACGCCCAAUGACAAGGUGCGAGCCAUCCAGCGCAUCCACAAUGGUGAAACCAAGGCCAGUGUGUCGCGGGAUAUCGGCGUGCCGGAGUCCACGCUGCGUGGCUGGUGCAAGAACGAGCAGAAGCUGCGCUUCAUGUGCCGCCAACUGGGCCCCGAUCACCUGGGACUCGAUACGCCACCGGAAAAGCGUGGCAAGUUCGAGCUGCAGCUCCAGCUGCCACCGAAGUUCGUGGCACUGCCACCAAACUACGAGGAGCUGGGCUUCGGAGCACUGCCCUACAGUCCAGCCGAUUACCCAGUGCAAAACGAAUCCCUGCUGGAGAAACUGAGCCUUGUGGAAUUUGUGAAAAAGAACGGCGGCUUGCAUCCGGAGGGUGCAGUGCAUCCGGGUCAGGCCGGCGUGAUGGACUACUCCAACAACAUGCUGCACCAGCUGAAUCUCCUGGCCCUGCUCAACUCCAAGCUCACACCCCAGACUGCCGAUGUCCUGGUGGAUGCACAACCCAAAUCCGAGGACAACAAAGUGGUUGAUUCGCCCGCAGCCUCCGACGAUUACAGCAAAAACAAUUACCCCUUGCUGAGUGUUAAGAACUGGGCCAAGGAUCCGGCCAAGCGGGUGACCACAUCCAAUCAGCCGGAGCAAGUGAACGAUAAGAACAACAAUGCCCUGGAGGCCAACAGUGCCGCACCACAAGCUCUUGCCACGGAGCAGGCGAAGACACCCAUGUUUCCGGACACCACAAUGCCCCUACUGCCUGCCCCCUUCCCGAAUCCUGCGGAUCUAGCGCCUGUGAUAGCACCUGGGACUCCGGCAAACGCCCCUCCCACUGGAACCGACAACCAGGGAGCGGCUCUGCUGGACUGGUGCAAGCUCUUCAAUGCCAGCUUGAACUUCCUGGCCUUCGCCGCGGCCGCAGCCUCCAUGCAGCCCGGCGGCGGAGGACCAGGUGCACCCAGCUACAAUCCCAACCAAAUGCCCAGCGGCGGAUCGGAGCCGGACCUCGAGACAUAUCCAUUCAACGAGGCGCUGCUGAAGCGCCUAAGUCCACUGGCCCACAGUGAGGCCUCCAACGAAAGCUACUGCGACAGCGAGCCGGAGGAUCUGUCCGUGCGCUCCUGCGCCUCCAAGGCGUCCAGCAGAUCCCACACUCCGGACAAGAGCAUCGGGUCCAGCGACGCCGAACAGUAGACGCCCUACACAAUAGCAUAGCAUGUAGUUGUAGCUCAUAGUGUAAAUACCUCCAUUUUUAUUGUUAUUAGCCACCUUUAGCAUUAAUGAGACUCGAAUCAUUUCGCAAUGCAAAUGCCAUUUGUACUUAUCAAUUAACGUAUUAAUAUCAAUGCAACAGGUAUUAAUAGAUCAGCAUACUAUAGCUAGUAUUAACUAGGAAUAUCGACUGUGUGACUACUUGUUUGAAAGCCAAAUUCAAUUCAUCUACACGUAUAAUAACAAAUACUAAUUGUGUUAAGUAGCUUAAUUAGUUGGCGCAUUUUGUCAGCCAUUCCAAUCGAUUUGUUUUCGUACUGUGUAAUCUGCGUAACUCUUGAUAAGCAUAUAAACUAAUUACUAAUGAAACGAAUAAAUAUUUAUUAACAAAACAAAAUAAAAUUAACAAGCAUUUCCA